CAAUAUGUCUAGUUACUGGUUGUUUAGAAUAGUGUUAUAAAUAAAUUAAAUUGAAAUUAGAUUAGCCUUUGUCUAUUAACGAAGCGACCAGAAGUCCCGGAUGUUGGUCACGCAAUAGCUGACAAAUUUAGCCUGGCAUCUUCUGGGGGUUUAGUCUCUUAUAACCGAAGUUCUCCCUCUCCUCCCUGAAUGCGGAGGUAGAUUGAUUCACAUUUUAGUUAUUCAACAUCGAUCAGAUGGUUGUAAUUGACGGGUAAAAUGGAAUACAUAAUUUCAGGUAGGGUACAGUACACAUGCAUGAUGCAGCGUAUCAACUAACACAGCGCCAAAAAUACUCUCAUUGCGCACGUAGAAAUACCUCAGACUGACGACCAAAUGUAUUUAUUCAAACUGAUUCUACCUGAACACAAAGACGCAAUCUCGUAUUGCUGGGACGAAAUUAGAAUACAGCACUUAAACCUUUGAAUUUUAAAUUUUGAAUUAAAUCGCCGAGAAAAAUGUGGUUAAUUUAUCUGGUCAUUGCAAUGAUGGCGGUAAUGGACUCGCGCCGAACUAACCAACUGAACGGAUCGCACUUUACUUUUGUCGUCUACCACAACCCUCCUUAUGACGUGCUGACUUUUGGGCCGCUCGGCAACUACUCCCACACCGGCACCGGACCCAAAUGGCAAUCCUAUGGCUGGCGAGGAAGCUUAACUUUUACGUAUUAUGUUUCAUCAUUAUUUCUAACAGUUUUCCGCGGCACCGUCUAUAAUACGAUCUUAUGAGCAGCUAAUCUAAAGUUAUUCAAUUGUAAAUUUGACAGCGUUUCCUAUGUAGCACUUAAUCAAACAACUUUAGAAAUAAGUGGAGGAUCCAACGUCGAACUUGGACUCAGUUUAGUAGCGAAAAAAAAUGCCGACGCCCUGGUGAACGGCAUCAUCGCCACUCCCGAAAGAAAACAAAUGACUUUUCUUAUUAUGUUUGGACAGAGCCGUACACCAUGGUGGUACCUUGGCCUGGAGAAGAGCCCCGACUUUUUGCAUUAAUUAGGCCAUUUCAACCGAUAGUUUGGCUACUCAUUUUUAUAACCAUGAUCGCUAUGGUGUUCACACUGAGUUUCUUUUCCAAGAUCUAAAAGUCGACCAACGGCGAUGCUCUGAAUCGUCCGGCCUCAUCCCGAGAGCGACCGACUACGUUGUUGGAUUACGCAAGCACUUAUUUGAUGUACGUCUAGAACAUCAUGACAAAUCAACGAGGAACCGUUCUCCUUCCUCGAUGCUCAUUUCAAAUUCUAGUCAGGGUGUGGCUGCUGCUCACCACCGUUUUGGUUAACAGUUAUUCGGGGACCGUCAUUUCCUACCUGACUGUGCCCAAGAUGAAGGCUCCCAUCGAAACAUUUGAAGAUUUGAUUGCUUGCGAAGAUGUUGGAAUCAUUCUGCAACCAAGAUUUCGUUAUCGGCAAGCAGAUUUUGGAAGCGAAAUCGGGAACUCUCAAGACCCUGGGCGACGCAGGCGCGCAACUAUCCGGAACGGUUGUUUACCGAUCAGUCGAAAAUCAACGCCCGUUUGCUUACUGGGCGUUUCGCUUUUCCCACCGUUCAGACUUUCUGCAAAUUCUUCGUCAUCAAUCAAUUGCAGAAAAAAGGCACUUGCCGUUUUCACGUCACCGAUCCUUUGCCAUUUCAAAACGGAUUCUGGUCGAUUUUUUUUGCAUAAGAACAGCAAAUUCACUUCAAGUUUUGACAGCGCUUUGAUGGCGUUGUGGGAAAGUGGGCAGCUUCAGUUCUGGGCCAGCAGAGGCUUUCCUCAACACGAUUGUCUGGCCAGAACGAAAUCUCUCCGCAAGAUUCAAACGGCUCGACUGCAAGUGCCUAUCAAGUUAAGUGACUUGAUGGGAACCUUUUUGAUUUUGGGCAUCGGUGCCGGCCUGGCGACGUUGGUUUUUCUCCAGGAGAAAAUCGACCACUUUAGACGACUUCGAAUGUCUGCAACUGUCGUGACUGACGACCGUUAACAAAUUCACGCUGUCCUCGUUUGUGUGUUUAUCGUCGUUUUCCAGUGUUUUGUGAGUAUUUGUGAAUUUGUUUAUUAUUAAUCAUCUUGUAGGAUGUGCUACUCUUGUGGUUUUCAUUUACAAUGUCGGAGAUUGAAUUACUAUUUGACAUUUGAAUUAUUGAGGGCAUCAUCGGUAUAUACUAUAUACUUCAUUUAUUAACGACAGAUUGUCGAUCAAUGGCGGACAUUCUUGCCGAAUGAUCAAGUCGAUUUCUACAGUCGGUAUUUCAUCGCUCAUAACCUGUAUUUAUUUUGGCGUUGUCACGAAAUCGGAAGCUGAAAUAUUUCCAGGUUAUCGGACUUUGUCUUUGGUCAAGUCACGAAGUCACGAAUGUCAGAGUUGGUCACUCGGUAAAGUUAUGCGACAUCUUUUUCUUUUAUUUUACUUGAUGGAUGCGGUAAAUGAUAGUAAAUGAUCCAUUUAUCGACCCAAGUUGUAUAGACGUCGAUUCAAUUGUUGUGCAGCGCUUUCUUCUUUCAAGGCGCAUCGUUCAACCUACACGGAUGAUGAUUCACUCCAGAUGCCGACGGACGGCGUCAACACAAUAACUGGACAAUAGAAAAUGGAAAACAAUGAAAAUGUCCUUGUUAGUAUUGCCCAUUGUUACUCACUCCCCUCCGAGUGGUUUAUAGCUUUGUAUAGUAUAUGGCGGCCAUUUGCGGUGGCUGAAAGUACCUGCUUGAAAAGUGUACUACUGAACGUAUAUACCUGUCUACUCUUAUCCCUCUUGUACCUGAGUAUUGAAAAGAUUAGAAUAACUCUUCAGUAAACACUCGAGCACCCAGGAUGAUACUUCAAGUUAAUUGACUCCUAAUUUCAUCUAAUAUCGGUAAGAAAAUGUAAUAAAUGGCAAAUGCUAUAUCGGUAAAAAUUUAGUCAAAUUGUUUUUGGUUUCCGCACGCUUCAGCGAUUUUAAUCGAUUCCUUGAUUUAUUAUUGCACCAAAUGACUCAACAGAUGUGACUAUACACCAACCGGUAUCCCAUCCGGAUGUCAUAUUAAAUUUCACAAAUUAACAAGAAAAGCCGAGUCGCGGGAUUCAAGCUUGAGCACGCAUCUGCAAUCAAUUCGUCGUAACUUCACACUUCACAGUUUGCUGAGCACACUGCAUAUGCACUACUGGCAACAUAUAAUUCCUUUAUCGUAUUUUUUUUAGGGUUUUUGAUUCUACCGAGAAUCACGUAAUAGUUCUGCUUUAUACAAUUAAUUGGUCCGAGCGCCGCAGUUCAGCAACUCACUUCCCCCCUUUGUUUUUCUAUUAUAUUUUAUUAUUCUUUUCCAGCGAAAAACCUCGAAUAAAUAGCUCAGCGUGUGCUCCGGCGGUCUGUCGUGCAAUGGAGGCCAGGCUAUUACAUUUAUUUUCUUCUCGGAAAGCAGAACAGUGUGUGUCUCUCAUCAGAGCCGGCGAUGUCGUCCGUUUCCUUCUUCAAUCACACGACGCAGCUCAAAAGCCCCGAAGAGAUAAUAGUUUACAAGAAAAAAUGGAAAG